AUGGCUGAUCCGGGCACGAGGCUCUGGCUGCUCCAGGUGACCCUCUGGCUGCUGGCUCUGCUCACAGGUGGGAUCUCAGCAGACAAGAGCAGCCCUGGGAGCAGCACAGAUGACAGGUGUCCCCCAGUGUACCAGAACCUGCGGUACGUGGCCGUCAAGAAGAACAUGCCCAUCAACUUCAUCUGCUACAGCCCGGAGGCCCAGAGCAUGCAGUGGUACAGGACGGCAGAGGAGAAGAACGACCUCUCUGCGCUGGAUCGGAACACGCCCAGCUACAGCAUCCAGAGGACAAACGCCUCCAUCAACCUCACCCUCCUCAGGGCCACCUUCGAGGACAGCGGGAUCUACGUGUGCGACAGGAAGGGGCUGCUGCAGAAGGAGGAGCUGCACUCGUGCGGGACAGAGCUCCGAGUCAUGGGUACCAGCAGCAUCAAGCAGAUUCAGAACAGGAACACGCUGAAAGACGCCAUCAUCAUCAUCCAGUCCAUCCUGCUCGUCAUCUUCAUCAGCAUCCCCAUCCUCCUCUUCCUAGAUAAGGGUGAAGAGAAGAAAAGCCCAGAGGAGGACCACACCUAUGAGGGGCUGGAGGUGGAGCAGAUGGCCACCUACGAGGACAUCACUCCUUUCCGGGAUGUGAAGGCCAAGUGGACAGUGGGCGAGCACCCAGGUGAAGAGUGAGGGGUCCUGCACCCUCCACCAGGCCCUGCCAGCACCCUGCCAGCCCCUAUGGGGACAGAUCCCCUGGAGCACGGUUCUGCUUGGAUCCUGGGCUGCCAUCCCAGGCUGCGUUUCUGGGCUGCAAACACCUGCACAGCCCAGCUCAGGGCUGGGAGCCUGCUGCCCUGGGGUGCUCAUGUGUCUGGGCUGUGUCCCCAAGGCUGCCCUGCCCUGGCUGUCACUGUCCCCACCCCUCUGACCAAACCCUAAAACCUGCGUAGAAAUUAGGAGCCACCUGUGAUCCCUCCAGUAACCAACUGGUCCCACAGCCCGGGCAGCCCCAUGCCCAGCACUGAGCUCCAGCCUGGUCAGUGCCAUGGAAGGACUGGAAUGAGGGGUCUGCUCCAAGCCCACCACCCUGGGAAGGACAGGAGGCACAGCAAGGACACUGCCAACAGCACCGUGUGGG